GACAGUAACAGGGACGAGAAUUUUGACAGUCGUUUUCGUUUUACAUAUGUAGAACGCUUGAAGACGUGUUUUCUCUGUCAUUAGAACAGCAUCACUACGAGGAACAUCGUCCAUCGUUAUUCGUGUCCCAUAUCUUCACGUGAUUAUGUGAAUCUUGUGCUGCCCGUCGACGGUGAUGUGCUUUAGAUGAACCAGGUAAACGGCGAGAACCUGCACAUAAUCCUCCUCCGUGAAAGCUAAUAUUCGUCCAUGUGGGAGCACGGCGCAGCGCCUCGUCCAUGUGAAGCAGCUUCGGCGUAGAUCCUAGAGGUGGUGUCGACCAGCCGCGAACUGAACAAGUGGCGCCACCUGCGACGCGGAGCGUAAAAAAGCCGGUCGCUUAUGUGCGCGAGCGUGCGAAAGCAUGGCACCUCGAAAGAACGAUGCAGAAUCGCGGUCAAAAAGGAGUGGAACCAUGUACUGUUGCGUGUACGGCUGCAACAACAGUCACAGAAACACCGCCGGAAAGAUCCCAAAGAUAACAUUUUAUAGAUUUCCAGGGAGGCCUUACGAGAAGGAGCGACGGGAGCGCUGGAUCCUGGCAGUGCGACGGGCGAACCCCCACGGACGCCAUUGGCUGCCUGUGAAAGAUCAAACCCGUAUAUGCAGUGCUCACUUCAUCGGAAACGAGAGGAGCACGAUAGCUAAACACCCUGCCUACAUACCAACAAUUUUUCCUGCUUGCUAUGGGAAAAACGAUGGUGUGACACCAUCAAGGAAGCCUGAAAGGUUUCAGCAAGUUGAGUCAUCAUCUGCGGGAGGGCCACCCAUAAGCAUUGCAGCAUCCGGUGAAGCUUUGCCCCAUGGGGAGUUGCGUCUUGGUACCAUUAAGAACCACAUUGCCUUUGCAUCUGUGAUGACUCAAACAGAAGACCAAGGCAGUGGUUGUUGCAGCGUGUUCCUUUCUGUGUCAUCGGGAGGCUCAGCAAGUACACAAGUGUGCCAUUCAAACAACAUAGAUGCAGCUGUACAGGCAGUGCCAACCAACUAUGACGGCAAGCACCAGAUCAGAAGAGUGCAGUUGUGUGUCCCUCAGGUACAGCUCUCUCAUUGAGUGCAGGAACGCCCUCAGGCAACUUUGCGGUGUUUGUACUGAUUGCUGAUGUUUGUGGUUUCAUCCAUCAAUGUUCGGUGGGUCGAUGUACCAAUUUCGCAGAAGCUGGCGAUUUCCUUGGUAGAACUAAAGCUUGGAAUAUCAUUCUCAAUUGCCUGAGUGCUUUUUGGUUUGCACCACUCAGCAGUAAGUCGCUGUUUUCAUUUGUAUUGAACAACAUGCUGAUUGUGAUGAAAGAGUGAAUACCUGAGCCGUCUCUGUUGUUCAGCUGUGAAUGCCAACCAAUGUUGAAUUGCACCAUUCUUGCUGCCUACUUUCUUGUGGAGUGAACAAAAAUUUGGACAGAAGAGCCACCUACUGUGCAACAAGAAAGGGCGCUGUUUUUACACUGCAAGGUUGGCUAUACAUUGAAGUUCUUGCUAGGAAUUAUGCCAAAUGGAGUUGUGAUAUUUGUAUCAGAUGCCUGUAGCGCCUACACAUCAUUACAUUAGAGUCUGGAUUUCUCAGCAGGAUAGAGCCGGGUGCUAUUGUGCUAGCAAAGCACCCACAGAAAGCCAGAAAGAGAUUGUUGUAUUACUGCCGUUUUAAAGAAGUAAUGCUCAGUUUGCACAUGGCAAAUUGCAAGAGACAUGCUAUAUCUUAAGUGCACAUGCACUUAGAGUAAUCCAACAUGUGAAGAUUCUUUAAUAUCUUGAAUAAUAGAGUUCCUGUUGACCUGAUUCCUCACAUAAGCAAUAUUAUGUGAAUGUUGUUGAAAGCACAGGCAUUCUUUACUGGACGUGAGUGAAAUACACAGAUGAAGAUGUAUCUUACCUAUUUCGCACUUGCAGGCUAUGUAAUUUAGCAACCACGUCCUUAAUGUCAACGGGACAUUCACUGAUAUUGGUCUGUGGACAAACUCUGAAUCUCAGGCUGUGAAAGCACUUCCGAACUUUCUUAGGGACACCUGCAAAGUACUUCAUUUUGUGAAGUGUUGUGGUGCAUUGUGUAUACGUUCUGUAUGUCUCACAUAUUUUGUAUAGUUUCAUUCGUCGUCAUGCCAGCCCGAUGUGGCAUGCUAUACUCGGGGACAACUUUUCUUGGCAGCGCUGUGGAAGCUACAGGACCUAGAUGCAUGCCCGCUAGCCCGCCAAGAAGUAGCACCUAAUUUUAUUGAGAAAUUUUUAGGGGUGCACGAAUAUUCGAGUUUCCAAUUCGAAUCGAAUAAUACUUCAUUGAAUAAUUAGAUUUUUGACUUUUGAAUAGCUAGUAUUCAAAGUUUCGAAUAAUUCGACAGGAUGAAUAUCUAAAACGCUACAAAGGCCAGUGGUGCAACUUGGUUAGCUUUGCAUGGCUGGAACUAACGCUAACGUCGCUACAGUGGGCAAUUGGUUAAAACUUUCACCGAUAUAUCCUGAUUCAAAAGCGAGCCCAUGUUUAUUUUAACGGAUAUUACGUCACUUCCGCGCGUAAAAAAAAACACAUGGAAAGACUGUCAAGCCUUUCACAACUUCACUUCCGAAACGAAGACACUGGCUUCUUGCGUAGUUCGGUCGCGUAUGCCGCAAGCGCUCUAAGACUUCCUGACAUUGGCCCGCGAAACCCUCGCUGCACAUGUGAAAAUUUGUUCGCGCUUCAAAAAUGCUUCCAUGAGCCCACGAUCAUCAGAAAGGAUGAUCCUUUGAAAUACUGGAAAGAGCAUGGAGCUGCACUUUAUCCAGGUAUCGCCAAAAUUGCUUUGCGAUAACUUCUCACCCCUGCUACUGAGGUGCCCAGUGAGUGCAUGUUUUGAGCUGCAGGAAACACCGCAACAUCACGGCGAGAGAGCUUGAAGCCAGGUCAUGUGCAAGAGCUUGUGUUUCUGCAUGACAAUUUGUAGUCUAUCGGUAGCAGACACUCACCGCGUUAUCUGCUGGAGGACAUGAGCAGAUUUCAUUUCUUUGUUUUUUCUUUCCAUUUUGAAUAAAGUAGUGUGUAUUCAAUAUUCGAUUCAAUAUUUGAUAUGUUGGCCACUAUUCGGCACUAUUCGAUUCGAAUUCGGUUCGAGAUGAAAUUUCACUGUUCACACACCCCUAGAAAUUUUUCAUUUGCCUUGCUCAAAUAGAUACUGCUUUAUUAUGAAACUGAAGCAGUAACGAGAAGUCGUAGGUAAAAUAAAGUUAUUGUUCACUUUACAAAAAUGUCUUCCUUUUCUUUCCAUUUCUUGAACAACACCACGUUUUCUGCACGCCUUUUUUCCAAAGUAAACAUAUCGUCCUUGACGUGUGUUGGUCCAUGUGCGGCAGCAAACUCGCCGGUUAGUUCUCCAUGAAAAAUGUACUUGUAACGUGACAAUGAAAUGUACACUGAGCAGUCGAAA